GUUGAUGCUAUGGGCUAUUCACAAAGGGACAAUCCUUAACUCUUUGUUUCUAAAUGAGUUAUUAAAAGGACCACAUUUUGUAGUGAUAAUAAAUUAUUGAACUUGAAGAGCAAAAUUUGUAGCUUGUAAUAAAAUCAGAAAUCAAACAAACUGAAAAUGACAUAAGUUCAUGUGAAUCAUUUUUGAAUAUUGAAGGACAAAAAUAAACUGGUAAAUGAGACAUGUUCAUUAUAAAUGAGACGUUAAUUUAGACAGUGCAAUGUUUACAAUGAUACUAAGGUCAGCACGAGUUCUCCUACUGCUGACCUUAGUUCUGCAGAUUCUGCCAGCCUCGUGUGAUUCCCAGGAUGACAUUCAUUAUGUGCCUGUAUCAUGUAAUUCUUCAAAACCAAGUUCAAGAGUAAAGAUGGAGUUUUCAUCAGAGGUGAUCGAUCAUGAGUAUAUAGUAUCAUUCAAUGGAUAUUAUAAGAAAGAGACAAGGAAGAGGUACCUGCAUGCAGCAUUACAUGAUUCAGAUACAACAAUGUGGUCAGUUGUUGACCGAGAUAAUCCUGCCUUUGAUUAUCCUAGUGACUUUGACCUUGUUAAAUUUAAAGAUCAACAAGCCAGUGGUAUUGAAUCAUUGAAACAUCAUCCUGUUAUAAAAGCUGUCACACCACACAAAAAGGUCAUAAGGUCACUCAAGUUUAUUAAAGAAGAUGGUGAAGAUAGCGAAGACAAAGAUUCAGAUUCUCUAACUGAUAUGAACCAAAACAGGAACAGGAAAAGUUUGUCAUUGGCAACGGCAUACUGGCAUUCUCCAAACAGACGCGGUCGAAAUAUACUCAGAGCUGUACCAAGACAGAUUGCCAGUGCUCUGCAGGCAGAGAUCCUGUGGAACAUGGGAUACACAGGUGAAGGGGUAAAAGUUGCUGUAUUUGAUACAGGGUUAUCAGAGUCUCACCCACAUUUUAAACCUGGAAGAAUUAAAGACAGAACUAAUUGGACACAUGAAAAAACCCUGGAUGAUGGUCUAGGACAUGGCACAUUUGUAGCAGGUGUUAUAGCUAGUCAUAGAGAAUGUUUAGGAUUUGCACCAGAUGCUGAGAUAUAUGUGUUUAGGGUUUUCACUAAUAAUCAGGUAUCUUAUACAUCCUGGUUCUUAGAUGCCUUUAACUAUGCAAUAUUGAAGAAGAUAAAUGUACUCAACUUGAGUAUAGGCGGUCCAGAUUUUAUGGAUCAUCCAUUUGUAGAUAAAGUGUGGGAAUUGACAGCCAAUAAAGUCAUCUUGGUAUCUGCUAUAGGCAAUGAUGGACCGUUAUAUGGGACAUUGAACAACCCGGCAGACCAGAUGGAUGUUAUAGGUGUAGGUGGUAUCAACUUUGAGAACCAGAUAGCUAGAUUCUCAUCUAGAGGGAUGACUACAUGGGAGUUACCAGCUGGGUAUGGUCGUAUGAAACCAGACAUUGUUACAUACGGAUCAGCUGUCAGAGGAUCGGCCCUUAAGGGUGGUUGUAGGUCACUAUCAGGAACCAGUGUGGCUUCCCCAGUAGUUGCAGGAGCUGUGACCCUUCUCUUCAGUUCUGUGUUAGAUCGUAUAGAUGUUAUAAACCCAGCCAGUAUGAAGCAGGCACUUAUCGCCUCGGCUCGUAGACUUCCCGACUCCAACGUUAAUAUGUUUGAGCAAGGUCACGGUAAAUUGGACCUUGUCAAGGCUUAUCAGACGCUGAAGACGUAUAAACCACAAGCCAGUUUGAGUCCAAGUUACGUAGAUUUAUCUGAAUGCCCAUACAUGUGGCCAUAUUGUUCGCAGCCACUAUAUUACAGUGCUAUGCCUCUCAUAUUUAACAUCACCAUACUCAAUGGUAUGGGAGUGAGUGGGAAAAUUAUAGACAAGCCUAUCUGGGAACCGUACAAGCCUCACUACGGUAACUACCUGGAGGUCGCCUUCUCGUACUCUAAGACAUUAUGGCCGUGGUCAGGUUACCUUGCUGUAUCUAUAUCUGUGACAAAAAGCGCCGCCAAGUGGGAUGGUAUAGCUCAAGGGCAGGUUACUCUAACGAUAGAAUCACCACCAGAGGGUGAUGAGACAGAGCCGAGAGUUUCACAUCUGAAACUUCCAAUCCGUGUCAAAAUUAUACCUACACCACAGAGAAGUCAGAGGUUAUUGUGGGAUCAGUAUCACAAUCUACGUUACCCACCAGGAUAUUUCCCACGAGAUAAUCUACGCAUGAAAAAUGAUCCACUUGAUUGGAAUGGUGAUCAUAUACAUACAAAUUUUAAAGACAUGUACCAACAUCUGAGAGCUGCUGGAUAUUUUAUAGAAGUUCUAGGUUCACCUUUCACAUGCUUUGAUGCCAGACACUACAGUACGUUACUGAUCGCUGACACAGAGGAGGAAUAUUUCCCGGAGGAAGUGACCAAGUUGAAGCGAGACAUUGAUAAUGGACUGUCUAUUUUUGUAUUAGCAGACUGGUACAAUGUAUCUGUGAUGAAAAAAGUCAAAUUUUAUGAUGAAAAUACCAGACAAUGGUGGAUGCCUGAUACCGGUGGCUCAAACAUUCCAGCCAUUAAUGAUCUUCUCUCACCACUAGGCAUGGCCUUUAGUGACCAAGUUUAUGAAGGAGACUUUACUCUGGGUGACCAUGACAUGUACUACGCCUCAGGAACUAGCAUUGCCAAAUUUCCUCAACAAGGUAUCAUCAUAUCAAGGACACUUAAAGAUCAAGGUAACGAGGUAGUUAAUGGGGAGGUAAAACUGGUGGAGAAUGUACCGGUGCUAGGUUUACAUCAAACAACACUGAACCCUGACAGUGGUCGGGUUGUUCUAUACGGCGACUCAAACUGUCUCGACAAUAGUCAUAUGCAAAAAGACUGUUUUUGGAUGUUAAGUGCUAUUCUAGAAUAUACAUCACAUAACACCCUGCCACCUGUGUUUGAGAAUCAGGAGCAAGUACCACUACCUCAAUCACCUGUUCUUCCUGAAAGAAUGGAAGGAAACCAUUUGCAUCGAUAUUCCAAGGUCAUUGAAGGUCAUCUAGGUACACCAAGGUCUCGACCUCUGCCUUUGUGCCCAAACCUAGUAUGGGCAAAACCUCAUCCACUUAAUAUAACAGCUCCAUCGAAUCUAUAUCAGCCUCAAAAACUCUUGUCUAUCAAUAAUUUUGACGCAGUAAAUCUAGCUGCGAUGGGAGGUCAAAAAGCAAAUCUUCUACCAGAGUCAGACAAUGAAGCUGUGGACGUACCGCACCCAGUUCACGACGAGUCCCAAGGACAUUCGUAUACACGAGAUGUUGAUUCCUUCACUGUAUUCCCAGCUCUAGCAUUCCUGGCAACAGCUCUCGUUGUUUUGUUUUUGUUAAAUCAGUAUUACAAGGGCAGAUCAAAACCAAAACGAAAACGUCCACGAAUGAAGAAAUUCCAUAAUUUGAUGUAUGGUUACAAAGUGCCAUCUGUUUGAUGAAAGUUUCAGGGUUCAUAUACUUUAUAUAUAUACUCAUAAAAAGUGCAAGAUUUUGAUCCCAAUGUGAUUAUAUAACAAAAGAUAUCUACAGGAAAUUGCCGCAAUUUAUUAAUAGAAUUGAGGAGAAUCGAGAUUUUAGCCUGUCACUAGUCAGGUGUCUUUAUUUCAACUUUUUAAAAAUCCAGGAUAUACCAUAUAAUGUCUUUCAGGAUUAAAUGAUAAUGAAAUGACUAUAAUUGGUCAAUUUGCUGACUUUGCUAAAAUGUGGAAAAUUUGGAUAAUUAUGAAUGAUUUAAUUUUAUCACUGUUAUACAUAGAGGAUAUUGAAUGAGUGUAAGUUCAAUACUGAAUUUAUUGAACAAGUUGAAUAAAAUUAUGCGAGCCACUGGCAAGUAUAAUAUUAUAUUAUUCAACAAGUACAGUAAAUUCAAUAAUGAACCUCACAAAUAAAAUCUUCUACUUAUCACAUUUAAUGGGUAAUUACACUAUGUAUAACGCAAAUAUGAAUGGCUGUGCAAUACCAUAUUUAUGGAGUUGCAAAAGCGGCACAGGUUUGUGAUAAAAAGUUUUAUUUUAAAGUGUGAUUUAUUUAUAUUCAAGGACAUGCUGGUGGUGUAUGGAUUAUUACUGAUCCUUCACCAUAGUUAAAACAUGGCGGAAAUAUUUUACUAUUACAGAUCCUCGUUACUGAUAUUAAUUAUGAUGCAAGAGGUGUUUAUAUCUACUCUGUUUUUGUUUUUCAAAUUUACCUGCUGUUGACCUUGAACUUACAUGCAAAAUAAGGAAACUUAAUACAUGGGAAAGAUAAGAGACAAAAAUAAACAAUAAAAAACUUCCGCUUCAAUGUACCUAAUCAUAAUCUGAUUUUUGUCAUUUUUCCAAAAAAGUUUUACUGAAUUUGGACCAGUCUACUUUUGAAGUUUUUUCAUUGGCCAGUUUUAAAUCUUAAUGUUAUUUCAGCCAAUCAUAAGCAGUACAUCCUGACUGGUAUACAAACAUUAUUUUUAAACAGAUAUAUUAUUGAAUUUUCUUUUUACUUGGUUUAUGAAACUAGGUUUAUGUAUGUAUAUUUAAAUGCAAAAUUUAUUGUGCUAUGUGUAAUUAUUGGCAUUUAAUGUUCAUUAGUUUGUAGAUCAUGUAACUAAAUGUAUAUAUGAAGUUGUUGAAUUUAUUUUACAUUGUUUUGUGUGAUGAGGAAUACAUUUUUUGAAAAUAUGCAAUAAUUUUAGAUAACUCAAUAUGAUGAAAUCCAUUCAGUAUUGUAUAUGUGAAAAAACUACAGGUAGUGAAUGAAAUAUAGUAUAGAAAUACUCCAAAACUCAGCAAAAGUGAGUUUUCUCCAUGUAAGCUGGGGAUUAAAACAAUUUUUUACAGUUACAACAUUGUAUAUAAGCCCAAUGAUCACAUUAUUGGGAAUUGUUGUGCACUGUGAAGCUAUAACAGUAAGUUUGUUUGUACCACAGAUUUGAUGGGGAAAAAAACCCAAAUAUGCUGAGUUCUGGAUGAAGACUAUUUUACAAUGUAGUUUAAUUUUUAUAUAAAAUAUUUUUAUGCAGUUGAAGGAGAUAAAGUAUUAUAACAUCAUUUGUGUGCAUGUCCAGUCAUGCAAUCUUGUACAAGUAUUUGUUAAAAUUUUUAAGAAAGAUUUUUAUUCUACCAUUAUAAAAGGUUAAAUUUGUUAACUUAAUGAACUAAAAAUGUAACUAUUUAAUUUAUAUAUCUUUUUAAAGUAUUUAUUUACAAUAAAAAAAAGAUUAACACAUCUGACAUGCUACAUCUUUUACAUAUAAGAAUUUUCUUAAAAACUUGAAAUAUAAUUAGUGUGUUUUGUAUUGUGAAUAUUUCCUUUAUAUGUACUGAAUGUUUUUUCCACUGAUCUCAUUAGGGGGGAGGUUAAUCUAUGUCAUCCCCCAUCAGCCUAUAUUAAUUAACUAAUGGAAUCUAGGUUCACCUAUUUCCCCCUGUCUGUCUGGAUGUGAAUCAAGAAGUGAAUUUUUGAUCUUACUCUAUGAUGAAAGAUGUUUAUGUACUUGUUAUUGUUUGACAAACUUAAAUAGAGGAUAUUGAAUGAGUGUAAGUUCAAUACUGAAUUUAUUGCACAAGUUGAAUAACAUUAUAUUAUGCGAGCCUCUGGCGAGCAUAAUAUUAUUUUAUUCAACAAGUGCAAUAAAUUCAGUAAUGAACUGACACGAAUUUAAUAUUCUAUUUAUCACAUACCCAAAAUAAAGACCGUUUUAAGUGAAAUGAGAUUCAUUUUUCAUUGAUGCGCAUAUAGUAUAAUGCUAACAUUUAGUGCGUUUUUACACUAUGUUUGUAUAAUGCUAAUGACGUCACAUCAAGAUAUAUGCACAGCUGUGCAAUACCAUUUUUACAGAGUCGCAAAAUCGGCACAGGUGUGUGAAAAAUAUUAUUAAAUAGAGCUCUAUCCUUACAGUAAUAGUCUAAAGAGUUAACCAUUUAGCAAGCCACUACUUAUCAUACUUACAUAUAACGCAAAACAAGUCAGUACAUGUGUAUUUCCAAUUGUUUAUUAUCAUAAACAUUGUUUAUGAUACCUUUUAAUUGAUUUUUAACCAACAUUGUUUGAAUUAUUUUUUUUGUGUGUGUAUUUUUUGCAGUGAGUGUUAUUCAAAUGCCACCUAGUGCCACACUAAACUAUAUUUUUAUCCACAGUUAUAACAUUGGUCAAGACUAGUUCACAAACAGUAACCUAUUUGUGACAAUAUAAUUUUGCUUAAUAAGCACGGUCAUUUUUAGUUCAAGUUAAUUUGCUGAUAAAAAUCAAGAUUUAAUAUUCAGGUUAUUGUAAUAUUUAGUAGAACUUUUGUCUUGUAAGACUCUUUAAUGAAUUUUAAUUCUUAAUUUAAAUUUUACUUAAAUACAUGUAAUGUGAAGCAGAUUUAGAUCGUUAAAACUGUUUAUUUCAAAAGCUGAAAUUAAGAGAUGCAAUUCCCAUAUACAUGAUCCACUACCUUUAUAGCAGAGAUUAUGUGUACAGAAACAAAGCUGAUAAUGAAAAAUUAGAUUAAAGGGAAAGACAUGUAGUGUGGCACUAUAUGCAAUAUGUUGAGUGUAUUUAAUGAAUACAUGUAUAAUGUAUGAGAGUGCCUUUUAUGUUCUUUUUGACGAUUAUUUCAUUGUGGGAAAUAAAUUUUUAUAAAAUGUG